ACUCAUUAGAGUAACCCUGAGAGAAGAAAGCAACAAAUCAAUCAAAAAUGGGAAACAGAGUGAUGGUGAGCCUCCUGGUUCUUGUGCUUGUGCUUUCCUAUGGAGUUAUGGCAAUGGCUAUGAGGUUUAAUCAUGAAGAUGAAGAGUGGGGAAGAGAACAGAGAGAAGAAGAGUGGGAAGGGCACCGAGAUCAUCGCCAUCUUUUCCUUUUGCAACAAUCAAGGCUCCUGGUGAAAACUGAAGCUGGGCAAAUGAGGGUGGUGAGAAGUGUAGGUCAGAGAAUGGUAGAUAGGCAUAUAAAUGUUGGCUAUCUCACCUUGGAACCUAACUCCCUCUUCAUCCCCCAGUACCUCGACUCCAGCUUGAUCCUCUUUAUCCAAAGAGGCCAAGCAAAUGUGGGACUGGUACACCGACAGGAAUUGGGGGAGAGACAAUUGAAGGCUGGGGAUGUGUACAGAAUUCCAGCAGGUUCCACAUUUUACUUGCAGAAUGUCAGGGAGAACAGGAGACUUCAGAUCAUUCUCAGCAUCGACACAUCUGACAGUUUGAGAAUGGGUACUUUGGAGAAUUUCUUCAUUGGUGGAGGAACCUACCCAAAAUCUGUACUUUCUGGGUUCGAUUCUGAGAUACUCACAAAUGCAUUUAACGUCUCAUCUUCAGAAAUAAGGCAGGUUUUGACAAGGCAGCAAGAGGGUCCAAUUAUAUAUCUAAAUAAUUCUCAAUCAUCAUCAAACCUUUGGACCAAAUUCGUAAGCAUGAAAGAGCAGGACAGACUACAAGAAUUGAAGAAAAUGGUGGACUUCCCAGAAGAACCAGAGCAAACCCUAACUUGGUCAUGGAGGAAACUGUUGAACUCCGUGUUCGGAACGCUUGAAAAUGAGGAGAGGAAGCAACAUCAUCAUGAGCACUCCCAGAAAUCCUACAACCUCUAUGAUAGAAAGCCAGAUUUCAAGAACAACCAUGGAUGGACCCUCUCAGUUGAUGAGUCUGAUUACUCUCCCCUAAAGGACUCCGGCAUUGGCGUUUACCUUGUUAGUCUCAACGCAGGGUCAAUGUUGGCACCGCAUGUGAACCCAAGAGCAACAGAAUACGGCGUCGUUCUGAGAGGCUCAGGAUCACUACAGAUUGUGUUUCCAAAUGGUACCUUGGCAAUGAAGGCGAAACUAAAGCCAGGGAGAGUGUUUUGGGUGCCAAGGUAUUUCCCAUUUGUCCAAGUGGCAUCUAACAACGAGCAACUUGAGAUUUUUGGGUUCACUACCUCAGCACAGCCGAACCGGCCACAGUUUUUGGCCGGUUCUAGCUCGGUGCUGCAAGCUCUAAGAGGUCAAGAACUUGCAGCUGCUUUUGGUGUGAGUGAGGGAAGGUUGAAUCAUUUUGUUAAUGCUCAGCGCGAAGCUGUCAUUUUGCCGUACAAUGCAGAGAGGAAUCAAAAGGCAGAUGGGAUGGCAGACCGGUGAGCUUUGGGAAUGACAUGGUCAUGGUCGGCUUUAAUUUGGUUGAGGACUUGGUCUGGCGAAUAAGAUGAAUAAUUUUCUUGUGUUUCAGGCUAAGGAGCUAUAGGGUGCUGCAGUUUAGGAUCCCUAUUUGAGCAUUUUUGUUUCAUGCAUUUUGUUUGUAAAUAAUUUUUAAUAAAAUAAAAAAUAAAAAAAUAAAAGAUCUUUGGUCUA